AUGACAGCUUUAACUUCAAAAACAGUCGUGGAAUUCCCACGCAUCAAGGCCAUUAAGACCUACCUUCUCCAGGGUAAAGGUAUUGGUGGUGACUACCACAAUGUCGCCAAAGGUCACUGGUUAGUGGAUAACUACAUCUCUAACCCAAUGUCCAAGUUCGAAGAGUACAGAGCUUCAAGAACUUCAUGGGGUAUCAAUGUUUUGGGAUCUUUCUGUGUUGAGAUCGAGACCACCGAUGGUACCAAGGGUUUCGCCACUGGUUUCGGUGGACCUAUCGCAUGUUGGCUCGUUCAGCAUCACUUUGAGAGAUUUAUUCUCGGUGCUGAUCCAAGAGACAUCAACCUUCUCUGGGACAAGAUGUUCCGUGCAUCUAUGUUCUAUGGUAGAAAGGGAGUUACUAUGGCCACUAUUUCAGUUAUUGAUUUGGCCCUUUGGGAUUUGCUCGGAAAGAUCAGAAAUGAGCCUGUGUACAAGAUGAUUGGUGGUGCAACUAGAGAGAAAAUCGACUUCUACUGUACUGGAUGUGAUCCAGAGGCAGCCAAGAAGAUGGGAUUCUGGGGAGGUAAGGUCGCUCUUCCAUUCGGUCCUGAUGAAGGCCAUAAAGGUCUAAGAAAGAACGUUGAGUUUUUGAGAAAGCAUCGUGAAGCCGUUGGACCAGACUUCCCAUUGAUGGUUGACUGUUACAUGUCGUUGAAUGUUUCAUACACCAUCGACUUGGUUAAGGCUACUCAGGAUUUGGACAUCAACUGGUGGGAGGAAGUUUUACAUCCAGAUGACUUUGAUGGUUAUGCCCUUUUGAAACGUGCCUAUCCAAAUAUGAAAUUCACUACGGGUGAGCACGAGUACACCAAGUAUGGAUUCAGGAAGUUGAUUGAGGGAAGAAACAUCGAUAUCUUGCAGCCAGAUGUUAUGUGGGUUGGUGGUAUGACAGAGCUAUUGAAGAUCGCUGCUCAAGCUGCAGCCUACGAUAUUCCAGUUGUGCCACAUGCCUCUGGUCAGUACUCGUAUCACUUUGUUGCUUCGCAGAAUAACACUCCAUUCCAGGAGUACUUGGCCAACUCCCCAGAUUCGAAGUCUGUUUUGCCAGUGUUCGGUGCUUUGUUCACCAACGAGACCGUCCCAACAAAGGGUUAUCUCCACCUAUCCCAGUUGGACAACCCCGGUUUCGGUUUGACCUUGAAUCCAAAGGUUAAGUUGAUCGAUGCCGCUGGUAUCUUAGAUCCAGCUCCUGAGAAGCCUUUGAAGUUUGAUGAGAAGAAGACUAAUUGA